UCGGGCGAUUAACUUGUUUGUUUAUUAAUCCGCCAAGAGAGAAAUUGGGACAGCAACAUGCACAGCCAUGCAGAGCCCUGCACUCCUGCUUUGGGAGCAGGAGAUGGUGUUGUGAUCCCAACCCCUGCGCUGCAUCAAGAAGGUGACCAUGGAAGUGAGAUGGACAUGAUAAUACCAAGCUCAGCGUCAUUGCCAAGUGGAGCUGACCCCUUGCAUGGGAAUUCUGAGGAAGUUGUUCCACAGCCUGGUUUUGUCAUAAAGACAAAGAAUGAGCACAGCAUCAAGGUGUUUGUGAAUGUAUGCAUGUCUCUGAAGCUGGAUGCCCCAGGGAACUGGGAGAAAGGGAUUCCCCCGGAGGUUGACGAGGCACUAGAGAAGAUGGAGGCAGGCAAUGAGCCCAACUUGACAGAGAAUGUGCGUUUUCCGCUGAGUGCCUCGGAGCCCAUUCUGAGCACUAGCAAGGACGGGACUCCAUGUCUGGUCUAUGAUGUCCUGCUAAAUGACAGCGUAGUAAAGCAGGCCAAGGCUUUUUCUCGGCUUAGGAAUUUUCUUGCCAACAUAUGCUUGGAAUGGAUCAAGCAGAAAUACAAGACAGAGCUUGAUGAGAACUUCAAGGUCAUCAAGGCCACUUAUAAGGGGGGUGUCAUCCGGCAUCAUCGCAUUAGGGUGGCCCCCAAGAAGCUUAUCAGCGAGCUUCCCGACCUGCAAGACAGUAGUGAUCAGCAGCCAGCGUUUCCGCUCUUCCUCAGACCUCCAAACAAAAAGGAUCAACGGGAAGGCUCUGCUGCAAAAGGAGUCAAAGCAGAAGCUCGUGACCCUCAGCAACCACCUCGGAGAUGUUCCUCUUUGCCGUCAACUCUAGAUUCUUCAGGCAAUUUAGCAAGUUAUCAGGGUACUAAUAGUCAAUCAUACAAAGGCAUGGCAAAGCCUCCACUUCCAGAAGACACUACUUGUUCGUUCUCGGGGGAGGGGACGGCCACUGCCCAUUCUCUGCAGACCACUACUUCCGAAGACAUGGCCUCUAACGAGCACGUCCUCGGUUCACAUCGGAACGCUGGCACAGAACUGGCCCCUCCAUCCUUCACCAGUUGUACGACUGUGACGCCCGUGCCAGCCACCAUGUUGCUAGAUGCUGAUUCAUCACAAGAACAUAAUGUGGGAUCUUUAAGCAGUCCACUUGCGGCAAAUCACUCAAGUGGUCCCCAAUCAGCUGCUGCAAAUCGCGAAGACGGUGAAAGAAAGGACACGGUAAUCAAAGAACCAGUUGAGCCAAAGAACCCCAUGCCACUCCCACUGCUACCUAAGUAUACAAUCACUUAUGAAGGGAAACCCAUUCAUACCAUUGAGAUCCAGGUAUUCUUGCCCAAGCUAGAUGAGCAUACGAAGGUCUUCCUAACAGACCAUAAUCCUGGUCCUGGAGUAGAGAUUGAAAUGGCUGGAGAAAACCCACCCCUACGUCUCAGCCUGCCUUUCCAUGUUGUCCACUCAACGGCGCACGCCUCCUACCGAGACUCUGAUCGCCAGCUCAUCAUCCGAUUGACUCAUCAGCCCUACAGGCAGGUGCUCACAGAGCUGAAGAAGAGAUCGCCUCAUGUGCUUGGCGCCUUGAAUUUCCAGUCCAGAAGCCUCCUGGAACUUGAUUAAAUCUGACAGAAUUAGACAACAGCAGUCGCAAAGCAAGGACUCCACAGCACCACCGCGCCUAGGCUGCCUGCCGCCUAGCUCAGUUAGGGGAACUA